AUGUCUCAAUUGCUGAGAGACGUGGUUACCUGGGACCUUCAGCAGCGUCCUAUCACUCCAUUCGGAGCUCCUUUCGUGGCAAAAGUGGACGAAAGUAAAUUCAACCACAAAGCAAAGGUGAUAACGAUAUCAAGAACAGACAACUGGGUGUUUGGAGUGGUACCAACACGCUAUUCUCCAGCGCGAGGGUAUUUCGAGGUUUUGGAGCGUAGAGAUAGAGCUAGUUUGAUACCCAUCCUGCAGAGGGUUUUGCUGCCCGGUACAGAAGUCCACAGUGAUGACUGGGGGGCUCAUUUCAACAUAACAGCCCAUGCAGCAACUGUCCAAACUCACGGAGUUGUAGUACAUGCCGCUAAUUUUGUUAACCCCGUUACUGGUGUGCAUACGCAAAAGGAGGAAUCGGCUUGGUCAAGGUUGAAGUACAAGGUUAAAAUGAGGAAAGGUGUCAGGAACUAUAAUUUGCAAUCUUUCCUCAACGAGCAUAUGUGGCGAGACUGGAUAGGGGAGGCUGACGUUUUUAAUAAUAUUAUUGAAGUUCUUACGCGAUGA